AUGCAUAACGUAAUGAAUCAUUUAUUAGUCAUUAUUGGCACUUGUUUUUUGCUACUCGUGUCUCAAUUGGCCACUGCUCAAGAUACUUGCUACCAAAGAUAUAACGACUUUUGUGUCACUGAAGGUGAAGCUUGCAAGACAGUCUAUGGUGGAGACACUUAUCAUUGCGUAGAUGGAACUUAUUGUAAUCAAUUAAACUAUAAAUGCGAACAAUCAAGUGACGUAGGUCAAAACUGUACUACUACUGGUAACAUUAUUCCUUGUAAAGAAUGGCUCUCUUGUAUUAGUGGAGUUUGUGUUGAAGCUGAGUACGCUGAUGUUGGUGAAUCAUGUUCAGAAAACUACCAAUGUAAUAGUAAUAGUCUAACAUGUUCAAAUGGAAAGUGUCAAAAUAUUGACACCAAGUGUGCUGAUGAUAGCGAAUGCUCUUAUUUCAACUAUUGCCGUGGUUCCAUUUGCACUGCAAGAGCAGAUGAUGGAGAAAUUUGCUCUGCUGAUUGUUUACCACAUUCUUUAUGUAACAGAGGUAUGUGUAUUCCAAAGUAUUCACUUCAAUUUGGUGCCAAUUGUUCAUCUUCCAGUGCUUGUGAUGUAUCCCAAGGACUUGAAUGUGAUAGUGAUACCGAUAAAUGUGCCUACGCCAACUUUACCAAGACAUUGACACCAGCUACUCAAAAUUGUACUGCUAUCAGUUGUGAGAAUGAAGAGUUUUGUGUGUGCUCAGAGAAUGAAUACACUGGAUUCUGUGCCCCAUACGACCCAAUCACCGAGUCCCAAAUCAAGUCGUGUGGAAGUUCAACCAAAGAAUUUUAUGAUUGUUUGGCCGCCCACGAAUGUCUCUAUUCAUUCACUGAUAAUACACCAUCGUCAUGCCAGUUGAAGCACUGUGGGUCCUCUUUCUGUUCAAUGAACCGCGAUUGUGAGUGGAAAUAUACCACUCAAGCAUAUGGAAAGGGUUGUUCCGAUGUUGCCUUUCUUGAAUACCAACAAACCUGUCAAUACCUUGGUUAUUCGGCCACCGCUUCAUCAUCAUCUCUAUCUAUUCCAUCAUCAUUGAUCUCAAUGUUGGUGUUAUUAACCGUCACCAUUUUAUCAAUUUACUUUGAAUCAUGUACUCAAGACUACCAAUGUAAUAGUGACCGUUUAACAUGUACUAAUGGUUAUUGUCAAAAUAUUGACGCUACCUGCACUUCAAACAGAGAAUGCUCCUAUUCCAACUAUUGUUCCACUAACAUUUGCAAGGCUAGAUCAGAUGAUGGGGAAUCUUGUUCCUCUAAUGUUUGUUUACCACACUCUACGUGUAACAGUGGUGUAUGUAUUCCAAACUACUCACUAUCUGAACGAGAGAGUUGUUCAUCUGAUGAUGCUUGUGAUAUUUCCCAGGGUCUCGAAUGUAUGGCUGGUGACCAAAUCCGUCAAUGUGGAAGUUCAACCAAAGACUUUUAUGACUGUCUCGCCGAUCACGAGUGUAUCUAUAGAUACACAGAGGAUAAACCAUCGUCAUGCCAGUUGAAGUACUGUGCAUCAGAUUUCAGUGCCAUGAACCGUGAUUUUGUUGGAACUUGUUUCUUACUACUUGUUUCUCAAUCGACAGUAGUUGCUCAAAAUUUUUGUCAGGAAAGAUAUGAUGAUUAUUGUGUCAGACAAGGUGAAAGUUGCAAAGCUGUUUUAGCAGGAGAAACUUUUUAUUGUGUCGAUGGUACCUACUGUAGUCAAAAUGGUACAUGUCAACAAACAAGUAGUGAAGGUCAAGCCUGUGGUGUUGCUCCUUGUAAAGAAUGGCUCAAUUGUGUUAGUGGAACUUGUGUUGAAACUGGAUACGCCACAGUUGGUGAAGCCUGUACAGAGGACUAUCAAUGUAGUACAUUUGGUAACUUGGCUUGUACCAAUGGAAUAUGUCAAGACGUUCAACCAGCCACCUGCAUAUCAUCUGGUGACUGUUCCUACUUUGAAAUUUGUAAUGGAACGGUUUGUGUGCCAAGAAUUCUAGAUGGACAGGCUUGCAAGGACGGCACUCUCAAUUCUCGUUGCCUCCCAUUCUCCAAAUGUUAUAAUGGUAUCUGUACUAGAAUGUAUAGUCUUGGUCUUGGUGCUUUGUGUGAUGAAGAUAGGAUGUGUGACAUAUCCCAGGGACUCGAAUACGAUGGUUAUUCAUGUGUCGACGCAAACUUGAACCAAACAUCUGCUUCAAAUGUCAACUGUACUGCCACUGAAUGCCUAGAUGUGUACGAAAACUGUAUAUGUACCAACGAUCCUUACACGGGUGUAUGUUUCUAUGCACAACCAUCGUCCAAGUCACAAGUACUUGCUUGUAACGGUGCCAAGAAACAAUUAACUGAUUGUCUUGCCGACAAUGAGUGCUAUUCAACUCAAAGUAAGGCAACACCAAGCAGCUGUCAGUUAAAACAUUGCGCAGCCUCUUUCUGUGAGAUGAACCGUUUGUGUGAAUGGAAAUACGAUAGUGCCUCGACUGCACACAAUUGUGAUGGUGCAGCCAAUAUACAUUACCAAGCAACUUGUCAAUACCUUGGUUUCUCGAUUAGUACUUCAUCAUCAUCAUCACCAUCUCUUCUUUCUAUUCCAUCAUUGAUUUCAAUGUUGUUGUUUACAACUACCAUUACUUUAUCAUUCUUGUUUAUUUAA